UAAAACAUACAUUUGAGCUAUGACAAAUGUCCCUCGCACAUAUAACAUCAGUUUAAUAAUUGCAUAUUCUGUAAUAAAACAAGAUGAAAUAUACAAGUUGAAGCCAAAUGAAGUCAAUUUAUGUAUCUGUUGGCGUGGCUACGAAAUGCGGUAGCUUUGAUAGCUUUACUUUCAGCUGUCACCUGCCAGGUCAAAGAACAGCUGUAAACCAUGGCUAAUGACAUCGAUUUAGUGUCCAUUUACGAUGAUGUGUUAAAGUAACUUAACGCAAACGGCGUUAUUGCUUAGUCAGAUAUGUUGUCCGUGAAAUGAGUAUCAAUGGAGUUCCCCUCGCCUGCAGAUUUUACUAUAAAGACGCCACGAGGAAGUUCUUCCUCGAGCGCUGCUUCCUCGUCAAUGACAGAGAGGAUGUAUUCGCUCGAUUCAUUUUUGCAAGAACGCUCAAAUUUGUCAGACGAUGAAGACUUUGACCUAGACAGUAGUGGAACGCGAUCCCCAUUCACCGAUUCACCUAGUCAUAAAAAGUAUUUAUUUCCCCAAAAAGAAUUUGUAGACGAACUCCGUCCUGAAGAGAUUAGAUGGUUCUACAAGAAUGAGGGUGAAAAGAGAUGGAGGGCAUUUAUUGGGUACGACUCGCUGAGAAUCGAGUGUCGCUACAGAGCGCUUGCUUGUGAUUCUGAUGGUGAUAUUGAUGUUAAUGAGAGAAUCCUUGUGAGAGGAGGGCUGUAUGAUGUUGAAGUUGAGAACAAGAAAUGCCAUCCGAUUUACUGGACAGGUGACGUUUCUGAAAUCAUGAGGGGAACCUGGUACUAUGAUGGCUCCUGGCAGCCUAUGGAGGAGGUGUAUGCACUGCAGAUAGAGACAGAGCACAUGGCCAACUUUGCCAACCGGAGGUUGGACGAGGUACCCGCUGUGCCACAAAAGGGACCGAGACCAGUUAUUCAUAAUUUGAAGUUCCAAGACUUUCACGUGGACUGGAAUGCUCCGAAUGAGAUCUAUCUGUUCAGUGAAUCUGCUUCCUCCAAACUCAUGAGACAAGUAACCAAGUCUCUUGGCUGGCAAAAAUCUGGAAGCCAGUUGCACAGAGGCUACCGUUACGAAGCCAUGAUGGAGGACAAGCCGCCAGAUAUAGCUCACCUAGUCUUCGUUGUACACGGCAUUGGACAGAAGAUGGAAACUGGUGCUAUUGUCAAAUGCUGCAAAGAUUUGAGGGAGAGAGUGGUUCACCUAAAGCAAAAAUACUUCCCUGAUUUUGAUCAACAUAACAAGAGGUCGGAGUUUCUCCCAGUGGAAUGGAGAUCUUCGCUCAAGUUGGAUGGAGACACAGUUGAGUCAAUUACACCACACAAGAUGAGGGGAAUGAGAAAUAUAUUGAACAGCAGUGCCAUGGAUAUUCUUUAUUAUACAAGCCCCCUUUACAGGUCAGAGAUUACACAUAGCCUUCAGCAUGAGAUGAACCGUCUCUAUGCUUUGUUCUGUUCGCGACACCCCUACUUCGAAGUGAAUGGAGGGAAGGUGUCUGUGGUGGCACACUCACUUGGGUGUGUGAUAACCUAUGACAUCAUCACCGGCUGGAAUCCCAUGAAGCUGUAUGAUGAAUUCGUCACAUCUGUCAUUGAUGAAGAAAGUGAGAAUGCAGAGGGCUCCAACAAGUUGCAGGAGGAAAUGGAGCAAGCAAGGAAACGGGUUAAUGAACUUGAAGCAUCGCUCAAAAGUGUUCAUGAAAAACAAGUGAAAGCAAAACAACCUCUCCAGUUCAAACUGGAAAAUCUGUUCUGUCUGGGCUCUCCACUAGCUGUGUUCCUCGCUCUCAGAGGGAUCCGACCCCAGAGCAAGGGCACACACGACCACAUCCUCCCCACGUCUAUCUGUAAAAGGCUCUUCAACAUCUACCAUCCAUCAGACCCUGUGGCCUACAGACUGGAGCCUCUGUGUCUUAAGCAUUACGCUACCAUCACUCCCCUCCUGAUCCACUUCUACGACAGCUCCAAGAAGACACCCUAUUUGAAGAUGAAGAGGAAAGCAUAUGCUGCGUUUAAGAGUUCAUCCGAGGAGUCGGAUCAUAAGGGUGGCAAGAUGGAUGACAGCACGGAGGGAAGCGGAGCUGAGGAGCAGGACAGUCCGGGUCAAACCAGGAAGUCAGGGUCUGGGAAAGGACAGAAGUUCUCACUGUCCAAAUGGCUGACAGAUUUUCGAGCCAACAAGAAGGGCGAGGACUCACUGGCAGCAGAACUGAAGAUGCUGCAGAAGAUGGACAGUGAUGCUGAGAAGUUACAGGUGAAAAUGUACAUGGACCCUAAAGACAUUGACAAGACAGAGUUGGAGUAUCGCCUUGACUACCAACUGAGGGAGAGGAGUCUGGAGAACAGCUACAUGUCCGUGCUCACCUCACACUUCUGUUACUGGACAAACAAGGACAUUGCUUACUUCAUGCUCACGCAUCUCCACCCAGAGCUACAGGAGCCAUAGCCAUUCUGCCACAUCAACUCAGCAAUCAGAGAACACUUCCUCCUGCCAUGUCGUGGAAUAUCUACUAAACACAGCUCCAGGAAGCAUAGUACACUUCUUUCUGGGACAUCUGAACACAGCUCCACGAGGCAUAGUACACUUCUUUCUGGGACAUCUGAAGACAGCUCCACAAGGCAUAGUACACUUCUUUCUGGGACAUCUGAACACAGCUCCAGGAAGCAUAGUACACUUCUUUCUGGGACAUCUGAACACAGCUCCAGGAAGCAUAGUACACUUCUUUCUGGGACAUCUGAACACAGCUCCACGAGGCAUAGUACACUUCUUUCUGGGACUUCUGAACACAGCUCCAGGAAGCAUAGUACACUUCUUUCUGGGACAUCUGAACACAGCUCCAGGAAGCAUAGUACUCUUCUUUCUGGGACAUCUGAACACAGCUCCACGAGGCAUAGUACACUUCUUUCUGGGACAUCUGAACACAGCUCCAGGAAGCAUAGUACACUUCUUUCUGGGACAUCUGAACACAGCUCCAGGAAGCAUAGUACUCUUCUUUCUGGGACAUCUGAACACAGCUCCAGGAGGCAUAGAACACUUCUUUCUGGGACAUCUGAACACAGCUCCAGGAAGCAUAGAACACUUUGUCCUGGAACAUCGAAACACAGCUCAAGGAGGCCUAGGACACUUAAUGCUGGAACAUCAAAACACAGCUCCAGUUGGCAGAGAGCAUUUUAUGCUGGAACAUCAAAACAAACCCAUAGAAAACACAGAAUAUUUUAUCCUGGGACAUCAGCUCCAAGAGCUGCAAGAGCCAAGUAACAAUAUCAUCUUUGAACCAUAUAAUUAGAUCAAGACAUGUAAGCUGGUUAAGUCAUCCCGUUCCUACUUCCAGAAAUGGGUACUUUUAGGCAGUCUAAUAUAUCUCCUUCCAGAACUGAGGAUGUGUUCAACAGCUUCAUCCAUGAACAUUUAUACCCAGAGCUACAAGACUCACAUAAUCUUUUUUUCCUUCACCUUGCUAUUCUAAAAUCUACAGGGUAACCUCCUGCACCCAGAAAUCCAACACUGACACCAAUCAUCUACCAAAUCUCCACACUAAAUGCCAUAGUAUAGUAGCAACACCUAAAAAUAUCAAGUAUCCCUUGAACAAUUACAGAUGGCUACUUUUACAAUGAAACUGUUGGCAUACUACACUUGCUCUCUCAGUAUAUAUACAAGCACCUCUGUCAGAUUCUCUCUUCUUGGUAAUCUAAUAAGAAACAAAGAUAGAUGGACCUUGAAUAAUAUAAAAUUUAAUGGCAAAGAGGACAGAGGAGAUAUUUACGUUGACAUUCUCAUCCAACCUUCAUAAUCAAAACAAUUUUGAUCAUUAGAACAAAACUUCAACUGGGCCAUGACAUAAACAUAAUAGAAUACACUCCCUUCUUUCCUUUCGUGUCAUCCAAUCUCAAUCUUUAUGUAUCUACAAAAGAGUGAGGGAGAUGUUAGACAAUGUAGACAGUCCGUGUUCCAUAACAUCGCAGGUCUACACAAGCUCAGGGGAGACAACUGCCAACAGUACAGAUCCUCACGACAACAGCUGCCUUAAUCUGAAUCAAAAUGUAGACAGCUCAGACAUAAUCUACAUACAGUCAUAAUCCUGUAUUUUUGUGACUACUUAGUGUGUGAAUGAUGGUGCUAUUGUCAUUGUAUUUGUGUACAGUUCCAGAUUGACCAUGCUGCUGAUCCAUGUUACUGUACAGAAUGCUGCUCAGUAUGUUGUCAGGGUGAGAAGGUUAUGAAGAAAACAUUUGAAGAAAACGGUGCUCUUUGUGUUCAAGAGUUCCACAAUGAAGGACCAGAGAUAGUUUGUACCAGUAUGUGAAAAAAGCAUGUGCUCUUUGGUCUGAUGAAUGCUGGGUCUCCAUGUAAUUAACUUGGAUGUAAAUAGACUGACUUGCUUGCUAUAAUUCUCAAUCUGAGUGACACAUAUUCUGUUGAAAUGAUAUUGAGAACAUUAACUUUUUUAUCCAACUGAUCAAUCCUUACAAAAAAUGGGUGUUCUGUUCGAUCAGUGUCAAGAUGGGGAAUGGGUGACCUUGUGGUCUAAAGCUGUCAAAUUAUGGAGUAGUGUCCCUUAGCCUGCCAGGAUCUUCUUGAUGUGGAUGAAAAUCCCAGACAUUACUCCGAUAAUGAGCAGCAACAUACCCGUUUUCUUAGGUUUCACCAUUGCGGUAAACAUGUACAAUCUCCAUCAAUGUAGGUUUCUCCCACCCUAACCUAUACUUCCCCAUCCCAGCCCAACCUAUACUUCCCUAUCCCUGCCUAACCUAUACUUCUCCAUCCCUGCCUAACCUAUACUUCCCUAUCCCUGCCUAACCUAUACUUCCCCAUCCCACCCUAACCUAUACUUCCCCAUCCCUGCCUAACCUAUACUUCCCUAUCCCUGCCUAACCUAUACUUCUCCAUCCCACCCUAACCUAUACUUCCCUAUCCCU